AAUUCAUUAUUCAGGUUUAGAACAUUCUGAUAGAGAAAUUUUGGGGUACCAAUGUAAACGAAUACUGGAUGCUGGACGUGUCAAAUUCCUGGAGGCAAAUGGAUUUCAAGCUGAACUGAUUUAUUAUGUUGAGCCAUCAACUUCAUUAGAAAAUUUGGCAUUGAUUGCUAUUCCAAAAAAAUUGUAA